AGGAGUGCGUAUUUGCCGCGUGGCAGUCACGCGUAUGCAAUCACGUGACAAUAUACGAAAUUGGCUGCUCGCGUUCGUUCAGGCUUGACAAAAGCGAGCAUUCCGCGGACAUUCUGCCUCAGUCUCCACAACACACACACGUACACUUCUUUCGGCGCGACUAUCAACAUGCCCGCACUCGUCACUCGCCAACCCGCGCCGGCCGUCGUCACCACAAAGAACAACAAACGCAACUCCGCUGCCAACCGUCAUACCGACACCGCGGAUGCGCGCACAGCCUCUCAUGGCUCUGUUGCAGCUACCGCCGCUGCGACGCAGGAGGACGAGGCGGCGGACAGGGUGCCAGCCCCCACUAAGAGUCGAUCGGUGACCGUCAAGAUGCCCCGCAUAUACGACGUUAUAUGCCCACGCUGCCACGCCCACAUUCCCAUCUUCAUCAUGCGCAAGCACACCCGCAAUAUCGACCGCAUAGAGGAGAAGCAGGACGCUGCGGAGGAGGAGCAUAAACGCGUCUGCGCGAAGCAGGUCCAGCCACGCUCCAACAAACCCCGACCCUCGCCCACCGUAUUGCGCCCAACCUCGCGCCAGACGAAGAAGGCUAGUGGCGUCCCUGCGGCGAAGGUCGCCAAUGCCAAAGUCAACGUUGGCGCAGCCAAGAACACGACGCCCUCCACUCGCUCUGACGGAAGCAAGGGCGCCGGCCGCGUCAAGGGGUCUUCCUCUGCACCUCGGGCUGGUCUGACUGAGGGCGAUCGCGAGGCUGCGCUGAGAGCUCGCACUGCCGCGGCGGAAGCCAGGCGCCUGGAGGAUUCACAUAGACGCGCUCAGAGAGCGGCCUACCUGGAACGCUUGAAGAGAGAGUUCCCUCUCAAUGGCGACAGGCCUGCUGGCAAGCGCGGCAGGGAAAUGCCAGAAGAUGACGCGCGUUGUAUCUCAUGGCUCCGCAACGAUUUGUUCAAGCCGAAGGACGGGGAGCCUGACGCGAAGAGGCCACGCAAGGAGUAAAUACACAGUUGUUGGCGAAGUCAGCGUACGCUACCUUAGGAAAUCUUCAUGGGGCGCUGACAGUAUCUCUUUUGUAUCUGGCUUUCAUUUGUACCAUACCCGGCCUUGAAUCUGAUGUCGCGUUCAAACGCAUUAUUGUCG